CAACCAUUUUAGUUUCUGUCCUGGUUUCUUGUCUAGCAUGAUUUUACAAUGGAUUGUAUUUGAAACAAUUGUUUAUUUGGUUACCAUGAAUUGAUUCCAGCUGUUUUGCAUUUCAUCACAGCUUAAACAAAAAAUAUCCUCUGCCACGUCUGCCAUCAAAUCUGUUUUUGGACAAGAAGUAACUCGACAGGAUGCCUCUGACAAAUUGGAACGACCGAGGGAGAGGAUGAUAAAAGUGCGGGAGCUUUUUCGUGAUACAGACUCCACAGAAUUUGUUAUAGUUACAAUUCCCACGGUAAUGGCGGUUAGUGAGUCGUCUAGGUUGCGCGCCUCCCUGCAAAAGGAGAAUGUUCCUGUUAAGAGGCUUAUUGUUAAUCAAAUUCUUCCUCCAUCUGCCUCCGACUGCAAGUUUUGUGCAAUGAAGAGAAGGGAUCAGAUGCGUGCUCUUGAAAUGAUACAAAAUGAUCCUGAACUCUCCAGCUUGACAUUGAUACACGCACCCUUAGUUGAUGUAGAGAUCAGAGGCGUCCCAGCUCUUAAAUUUUUAGGAGACAUCAUAUGGAAAUGAGCUCUGAAUAACAAUGUCACAAAUGCAGAGUGCUUCCCAAAUCUUUGUGGUAGGCUUGCAUACACUCAGGAGGAACAGAAAAGUUACCAAACAAAAAUACUCGUGCAUUGGCAAACAAAUUCCGUUACAGAUUUUAGCAAAAUUCACAUUAGAAGAAACCAUUUUGUUCCAAUGGCAAUUACAAGACACAGAAGGUGAAGCCCUCAAUAAGCAAGAAGCCAUGUAAGGAAGGUAACAGUUGACCCUGAUAGCAAAUUUGAAUGGUGAAAAGCUGUAUGAUAUCAGGGAUCUAAAGAGUCAACUCUGGUUUUGCCGGUUAACUUUUCCACAUUAACAUGGUUCUUGUAGCAUAUGCUAAUUGAAAUUUCUAUUGUUUUUGUAGCAUAUACCAAGUCCUUUUGAAUGUGCAUCAGUUGUUUUUUUGGCAAGUGAAACUACUAUAAACUGGUUAAACCGGUUUAUAAGUUAAAUC